UUCAUAUUGUGAGCGUCUUUGGAACGUGUUUAGGGAUAUUCUUCAAAGGCGCAAUACAUCCGAAAAAUAUCAGAGUAUUCAUGAAGGCAGUAAGGCUAACUGCAUUAUUCACUCUAUUAUUAGGAACUCCCCAGGUGUUGGGUAUGGAGUGUCUCCCGAAUUCAUCACCAUUGCAACCAUUUUGUUUACCCUCAAAUUAUUCCAAAGAAGACCGACCGUGUGAAGAAAAAUUUCAAAUUUUCACCGCAUUCAUCAUCGAUGAUGUGAGUGUAGUGGACGACAUUUCGUGUGCAGUGACCAUGGCGCUCAUCAUGAGAUUCAGUUGGAUUGAGCCUCGAAUGCGGCUAAACGAACACGUCUUUUUGAGCAAAUUAAGGGGAGCGGAAACAACGCUGGAGAUUGCUUAUGAGAAUCGGAACAAGAUCUGGAUUCCAGACCUGUAUAUAUCGAAUUUGAGGGAUAAAUCCAACACAGGAUUUCUUGACCAUCCCGGCAUCAAGAUUGACAUUGAUACGAACAAAACUAUCAUUUAUUCCCACUACGCCGAAGUUACCUUUCUUUGCCCUAUGAUUUUUGAUCUGUUCCCCUUUGACAUUCACCAUUGUGAUUUCAAAGUUCAAAGUUUGGAGCACACAGAUGCUUCGAUAUCAUUUGAAUAUGAGAAUAAUACCACGGGAAUCCUCUGGAAGACCCAAACCAUUCUGGAGCAUGCAGUAUCCUUUACGGUCCUAGAGGAUCAUAGGCGAUUCACCAUCUUUAAAGAUCUCAAUGGGAUCUCAGAACAGUACUCAGCUAUUGGUGUCACCGUCACAAUGAGUCGCAAAUAUCUACCCUUUCUCAUCGACUACUUUCUUCCCGCCGGGCUCUUCGUCUUGGUCUCUUGGGUGAGCUUUCUCAUACCCCCCGCAAUCGUCCCUGGGAGAAUGGCCCUUCUCAUAACCCUGUUCUUGAUGUUGGUCAACAUCUCAACCAGUGCAACCACUCACUCCCCCAAGAGUGAUCAGAUCAACGCUCUUCAAAUAUGGAUCUUGAGCUGUAUCCUAUUUGUCUUCUUGGCCUUGAUGGAAUACGCCUUGAUUUUGUAUUGGAAGCAUUUGCGAGGAGUCAGUUCGCGGAUGAUAUCAUCCUCCGACACCUUGUCAGUCACGCCCAUCAAGGACGAUGAUUCGACUUGUUGGUCCAAUCAGUCCACGGAUGAAUUGGAGAGGCGGAUUUCUCAUGUCGAUUUCAUUUGUUUAAUUCUGUUCCCCAUGGCUUUCCUAAGCUUCAAUUGUAUCUACUGGUUGCUGUUGUUCAGAUCGAGUAAAUAA